UCAGCUGAAAUGGCUAUCCUAUAUCUAAUAGAUGAAUUUGAAUUUGAUUUGGACAAGCUGAAGGCUAGCUUGGGGGAAAAGGGCCUGAACAUUAGUUUCUCUAAUGUCAAGUACCCACACAUUGCUGCAUUCAUUGGCCUGGACUCUUUAUGGAAGUUCAGCAAUGCUCCCUCAUUUGAACUCUGUCAUUCCCAAAUUCCUACUGCAUUUUUCAAAGACAUUGUGAUGGAUAUGGAUGUUUUGUUGAUUCAAUAUGGCACUUUGCAAGACCAUACUAUGGAAGAAGCGAGAUCAUGUUUCCUUGCUCCUAUCUUCAACUGCCUGGUGGCUCAGUUUGGCAGUUCUAUUUGGAACAAGCCAGAGUCGCUCAUGAAUGGCCACAUUAUGACAAGAGGCAGGAUUGAGUAUCAUUUUAAGACAUUCAGCGCCCUAACAGUCAUUUUUGUGGAGAUGAAACUGCAAAUCGGAAGUGUUGAAGAGAGUUUGAAUGCCAUUGCCCAAGUGAUAGCAGAAUGUAAUGCUUGUGACUGGAGCAACAUGCAAGUCAAUGUUAGCAUGCUGAUCUACAGCAUACUCUGUGAUGGAAGUACCUUCCAGUUCUUCUCUUUUGAUGGCAGCACCAAACCAUACAAGUUCUCGAUGGGUGUUGCCCCAGGAAAUUGCUUCUGUGUGGCAGGAGGACUUCCACUUGUUGAUUUCUUGUCAGAAUCCACUGCACAUCCUUUCAUCCACAGCCUGUACCCGAUAUGCACUGGCAAGACCAUAUUCAACCUGCUGUUAGUCACCUAUAUCACAAGCUUGAAGGUGUUUCGCAAUAGGUCCACAUCCCAACAUGGGCAGAGAAAGAGUUUAGAUGGCUGGAGUAAAGCACUCAAGUUUGCUGAGGAGGCAUUGGAAAAGUCCCAGACUGCAGAGGCGCUGUGCAAGGAUAACUUGAUCAUCGACGCUGAUGCAACUGCUGAAGCAGCCUUGAAGGCCCUGAGACUCAGAUAUAAUUUUUGUCAGAAUUUUUUUAUUUUCCCUACAAGCUAA